AUGAUUCCACGAAGAUGUGAAGAAAUGAAUGAAAAUCAGCGAGAUUUCAAUGAACGAGUAUUAGCAAUUUUUGAAGAAAAUCGAGCAGAAGAUCUUGAUGAACUUCGAAAAGGUGAGUUCUUUAUUUAUUUAGAUGUUAGAAUCUUUUUUCAGAAUAAAAUUAAAUAAUUUCAGAAGCAGACGAAUUUUCAAUUUUAUUAAAAGAAAAAGCAGUCGAUAAUUUUAUUUCAAUUCUCAAACUUCAUUCAAUUUUACAAAAAUCUGCAAAAUGUAUAAAACAAAUGUUUUCAUUGGAAAUGAUUAAAUUAUUGAAACAAAUGACUGGAUUCAAUAAUACGAUUGAUAUUAAUUUGAUUGAUGAAACUAUUCGAAUAUAUAUUCAUUGCGAGAAUAUUUAUAUUAAACUUCUACCGUUUGCAGAAAAUAAUAAGGAAAUUUCGAGUUAUGUAAGUUAUUUAUUCAGAAUUGUUUUUUUUCCUCAUAAAUCAAAAGUAAAUCGUUUCAGCAACUUCAAGAAUUUAUCACAGCAAAUUAUGUUCCUUUGAUGAAAAAACAACCAGAAAAAGUGGAAUAUUAUUCAGCGUAUAUUGUUGGAAUUAUAUUUUUUAUAUUGGAUGCAAGAAGAAAAGAUUUUGCAUUAAUUCAAGAUUUAUUGACAUCGACUUUGUUUUUCCAUUUGGAAAGAUGUAUUUUGUAUGAAAAUGAAGAAACUGAUGAAGAACCACCAAUUGAAUUGUAAGUUUGAGUUUGAAUUAAUCAAAUCUAUGAGAAUCCCUAUUUAGUUUCUCUCUGCGUUCUUUUCAAAAAGCACUCAACGAAUUUCGAAGUUUGGAUGUUGAUAGAAAUGGAGUAUUGUCUGAAUCUGAAAUGCUUAUGUUUGGAGGGUAAAUUUUUUUCAAUUUUUUUUUUUACAAAAAAUACAGUAAUCUUAUUUCUCAGAUCUUACUUCAAUUCGAUAUUCAUCAAAAGAAUUUUCGAAAUUUCACACACAUACGAAAAAGGAUAUUUGGAUUUCAAGGGUUUUGUCGAUUUGAUCAGUGCUAUUGAAUUCAGACAUGUAAGACAUUUUAAUCAUUUGUUUUCCAAAACUUACAAUUUUAGACGCGCGCAUCUGUGAAAUAUCAUUUUGAAGCAUUUGAUUUGAAAAAUGAUGGAGUUUUGGAUGAACAAGAAGUUCGAGAAUUGGUGAGUUAUCUUAUUGUCUACUUUUGUAAGUUUUCUGAUAAUUUUUUUUCAGUGCUUGAUGUUACCCGAGUGUAUUCCGGAAGAAAAUGUUCCCCAUCCAGAUAUUCUAGCCGCCGAAGUUAUGGAUAUGGUUAGAGCGAAGAAAUAGUGAGUAAUUCAAACAUCCAUUUGUUCUUCGAAUAUUCAAAUAUAUUUUUUCAGUCUAACUUUGGAUGAUUUGUUGUCAAGCAAAAUGUUUUCAACUUUUACGGGAUUCAUUUCGAAUUAUAACGAUUGGAACAGAUACGAAAGGAGGGAACAAUGA